CUCCUCUCUAUAUUCCGUUGGCGCAGUACGAAUCGGGCAGAUCACUCCACCAAAUCUCCCUUCCCUGGCUACAUCUGCAUCCCUUCUCGUCUUCGGAGCUCCUCAAAUCCCCUUAAAAGGUACUUGUUUUAUUGAACUUCUUCAGAAUGGCUACUGGAGCACAUCUGCAUGCCAUGGGUUGCAUGCAAGGCCAAAUGAAGAAUCACAGUAAUGGCUCACAGAAUUUAGCUGGAAGCUCUCAACUGAGGAUGGUCAACGAGAGCUUCUACACUGAUCUGCGAUUGUUCAGACAAGAUAACUUACAUUUCAAGAUUUGGAAGUUGAGUAUGGCUUGCAUGUCGGGUUCACAGUUUUUAGUUGCUGAUCCAAUUGAGUCGUCUUCAAUCAGAAGUUCUUGUGAUAACCAUAGAAGAAAUAAUGAAACUGCUCUCAUAUUACUUCGACAUGGUGAGUCAAUGUGGAAUGAGAAAAAUCUUUUUACGGGUUGUGUUGAUGUACCUUUGACGCAAAAGGGUGCAAAUGAAGCAAUUGAAGCUGGUAAAAGGAUUUGCAGCAUUCCUGUUGAUAUGAUCUAUACAUCUGUUCUAAUUCGUGCUCAGAUGACUGCUAUGCUUGCAAUGGCUCAGCAUCGCAGUAAGAAGGUUCCAAUCAUUGUGCACAAUGAAUCUGAACAGGCUCAGACAUGGAGUAACGUUUAUAGUGCAAAAACAAAAAAAGAGUCCAUUCCUGUCAUAACUGCUUGGCAAUUGAAUGAGAGAAUGUAUGGUGAAUUACAAGGGCUUAACAAACAAGAAACAGCUGAUCAGUUUGGCAAAGAGAAAGUUCAUGAAUGGCGUCGCAGUUUUAAUAUCCCUCCCCCAAAUGGUGAGAGUUUGGAGAUGUGUGCUCAAAGAGCUGUGUCUUAUUUCAAGGAACAAAUUGAACCGCAGCUCUCGCUUGGAAAAAAUGUGAUGAUUGCUGCACAUGGAAAUUCCCUAAGGUCAAUCAUUAUGUAUCUUGACAAUUUAACUUCUCAAGAGGUGAUAAAUCUUGAGCUGUCCACUGGCAUCCCAAUGCUCUACGUAUUCAAAGAAGGAAACUUUAUUAGGAGAGGGAACCCUACAGGGCCUUCAGAGGCUGGUGUUUAUGCUUACACCAAGAACUUGGCUCUCUACAGACAGAAACUGGACGAUAUGCCAGAAUAACACCACCAAACCUGGUUCAUCUUGGUACAUUCUAAAGUAGAUGAUUUGAACUUGGUGAUUUACCAUAUUUUUUUCAGACAUUCUUGGAUACUGCUCAAGAUAUUUUUUUAGCGACUGCUUGAGCUUGACCAUGGUCCAUCCAUCCCUCCAUUUCGGUGGUCUUCUGUUUGCAAUAACGCAUUCAUGUUCUUAGUUAGGUCACAUUAAAAACAUGUAUCAUUUUCGACUUUCAUAAAAAAUAAAUAAAAAAAAAUCUGCUACCUUAACGGCUCCUCUUAAUGUAGGUUCUAUGG